AUGCUGGGAGCUAGAGGAUCUCUUUCUAUGGGCAUAUCUGAUAGCUCAACAGUAGCUGACGUUAUUCAGAAUCACAGAAGAAGAAAUCAUCGUGUAGUGAUUCUGAACAGAGUGGAAGAGGAGCUAGAGAGAAUUAAAACUGAGAAUCUGCAAGGGGAAGAUAUUGCCUUAUGGAAAAACAAAGAUAGUUAUAAGCCUGUGUUUUCAUCGAGAAGUACUUGGCUUAUGAUCAGGAAGGAACAUAGUGUGCAAGCAUGGAGCAAAGGCAUCUGGUUCAAACAUGCAACACCAAAAUUUUCGUUUCAUGUUUGGACAGCAAUGCAGAAUAGAUUAUCAACAUGUGAUAGAGUGAUGAAGUGGAACCCUGCUAUUGAUCCUAAGUGUGUUCUCUGCAAGCAAGAUAUUGAAUCAAGAGAUCAUUUAUUUUACACUUGCCCAUUCUCGGGUCAAAUUUGGAGGAAGCUGGUGAAAGGGUUAUUAUUAGCAAGAUACACUGGAAAAUGGGAGGAGAUUGUGGCUAUUUUGCUUGAUCAAAGGAUAGACAGAGUGAAGCUUUUCUUGUUGAGAUAUACAUUUCAGGCUACUGCUCAUUCAAUUUGGAGGGAGAGAAAUCGUCGCAGACAUGGGGAGAAGGAGCUUCCACCCACUCUGUUGACAAAAGUUAUAGACAAGAAUGUGAGGAACAGGCUGUCAACCAUCAAAAGGCUAGGAGAUCACAAGUUGGAGAGUGGACUGAGAGUUUGGUUUGAUACUCGAUAG